CUGCUUUCUUUUCCAUUUCCAUUUGGGAUUACAGAGGAGAAGGGACACGCUUCUAUCUGAACCUCCUGCGGAGGAGUUGCCUAACCACAGGAUGAGAAUCCAUUUAUGGAGACUUUGGGUUCUAAGGAGCUUAGUUUGGCAAAGCAGCAAAUGGAUCUAAUGUCUCUGUUCACCAAAGUUAUUGAAACAGCAGCCCCAAAAGGACGGAAGGUUAGAUUAUCUGGAGAAAGACAGUUGGAGAGAAACCUUAUAAAUUUCCUCAAGGCUUCUGAAGUACAGCUCAAGAUUAUUUAUAUGGAUAUUCUUUUUCUUUAAAAUAAUUUGAGCAGCAAUCAUAACUAGACUCCCUGCCCAUUUAUACAACUCCUAAAAGCAGCAUAUGCUGAGCAGCAGCUGUAUGGCAGCAUUCGGCUGUAAUGCAUCUCCUUGAUACCAGUUUACCCUGAACUAGGCUCACAGCCUUCUCAAGAGCAAAAAUGAAGUUUUCAUCUCAAGGCACUAUCUGAUUUCAGUGACUCUUUCUAAUGUUGCCUAUUCAGAUGACAGUGUUCUGUGGCAGGAUAAUAUUGUGUGGAUUUUACUCUUGAUGGCGCUGUUCCAUGCUGCUGACAACGCAAGGUAAACUCCACUGUUACACAAUGAAUGUGCUGACAUUGGUUAUACCUAUUUGGAAAUUCCUUGGAAAGCUGCUAGUAUUCUUUGAACUGUGUGUUCAGUUUAGCACUUUGAAAAAUUUUUAUGUUCUUGCAAACUGUCCUGAUGGUUGUAUCUGCACUGCUGAUCUCUUGAGUUGUGCAAACCAGAGCCUUGAAGAGGUUCCUAUCACGCUGCCUCCCACAGCUAGGACUCUAGAUCUCAGUCACAACAACAUUGCUUGGCUUAAUGGUCAAUGGCUGGCUGCCUUACCACGGCUACAAACCCUCAGGAUCAACCACAAUAAGAUCAACAAUAUCACCCGGAAAGUGUUCUACAAUGUCACUUACCUUGCACAUCUGGACAUGUCCUCCAACUGCCUGCACACUGUGGAAGGGUACUACUUUGAAGGUCUUAUGAACUUGAAAGAGCUCUUGCUGUACAAUAACAAGAUUGUACAAGUUGAUCAAAAUGCUUUUGUCAAGCUAACUUGUUUACAAAAGGUCUAUCUAAGUUGGAACAGACUAACUAAAUUUCCAUUUGAAUUCAUUCAAAGACUUGAACAUCCUUAUUUGAGGACUCUUGAUCUUUCCACAAACAACCUGAGCACCAUUCCUGUUGAAGUCAUAAAGUCCUUGCCAGUGUACAUUAAAAAUGGCUUGUAUCUUCACAACAAUCCUGUGAAAUGUGACUGUUCAGUCCAUCAGAUGUUCCAGGAAUGGAAGCAUUAUAAUUUCAGUUCUGUGCAAGAUUUCAUAGAGGAACAUACUUGCAAAAUCUAUGCUCAUGAGCCACAGUCAUUAGUCAAAACCUUCAAAUAUAACAAGUAUUUUGAUCAUUGUUCUGGGAAACAAAGGAAAGAUGCUAUUCCAGAAGUGCACUACAUAGUGGGAGACUCCUUGAUAAUAGACUGCAACACAAGCCUCCAUGAGGACAAUACCACCACAUACCAGUGGUUCUCUCCUCGCUAUGAAUUAUUCACAUAUUUGAAGCACACUGAUGAGACACAUCAGCCUUUCAAAAAUGGAAGCUUAAAGAUAACAAAUGCCAAUCCUCUGCAUUCUGGAGUUUAUGUGUGCAUAGCCAUCAGUGAGAUCCAAAAGAUCAACAGGACACAUAAAAUUAAUGUCACUGUCCAGUUUGCCAAAUCAGCCGAGUCCUUCAAUACUGGCUUCACCACUCUCCUAGGAUGUGUUGUAAGCUUGGUACUGGUCCUCCUGUACUUGUACAUCACCCCAUGUCACUGUUCAAAGUGCUGCAAGAAGCCUGUAAGCCCUCCCCAGGACUGCAGUGGCCAGUCAUCGAUUCUCAGUACCACCCCACCACCCACAAAUCGCAAGAACGGUGCAAACAAGCAUGUUGUUUUCCUAGAGCCCAUCAAGGAGAGGCAGAAUGGCAAGGUCAAGCUGGCUGUCAGUGAGGACUUUCCUGACAUUAAAACCCCCAAGUUCCUGCAGCUUAAGUUGGAUACUGAAUCCACCAGUUCAGCCUUUUCUGAGCCUCCCUUCAUAUCCUACAAAGCAACUGGACAGUCGCCAGCAGAUGGGUAACAAGCAGACCCCACUGCAGCCUGCUUGGUAGCGCAAAUUUAGCACAGGGUACUUUGCUUUAGAAAAUUGCUAUGGAAUACAAGUUUGUGCUUUAGCUUUGACCCUUCAAGAAUACCAUUUUCUAUAGAAGAAACUUAUGUAUUCAUUUCCAGAAAUGCCCCGGUCCCACAAACAGGAGAGUUUUUCUUUCUUUUUAACUGCUUUGGCCAGCUACUACUUUCAUUAUGACUUGGAAAAUAAAUUCCUGAGCCCAUUCUUUCCAAC